AUGUUUGGAAAUAACAAACCAACUUUUGGUAGUAGUUCAACCUUUGGAUCCCCAGGGUCAACUUUAUUCGGAAAUCAAGCAAAGCCUGCGGGAUCACUAUUUGGACAAUCCACCAAUACAGGAUCAUCAUUGUUCGGACAAAAGUCCACAACUAAUUUAUUUGGAUCUCCAUCGACUCAGUCGAACACAGGAAGUAUUUUUGGUGGAACCCAGCAAGCCUCCAAUACUGGGUCUUCACUUUUUGGACAAAACAAAACCUCUAUGUUUGGAGGCACAAAUGCAACAUCUAAUACAUUUGGAACGACUAACAACACUUCCUCUGGACUUUUUGGUUCAUCAACUACAAGUAAUACAGGAAGUCUUUUUGGAGGUGGUGGUGGAGGUACAAAUGCUCCAAAUGGAACCACAAUAAAGUUUAAUCCACCUGUGGCUAUGGAUACCAUGAAUAAAGGUGGAAACGUACAGAAUAUUCAGACAAAGCACUAUUGUAUUACUGCUAUGAAAGAUUAUGAAAGCAAAAGUUUAGAGGAAUUACGCGUUGAUGACUAUAUGGCUAAUAGAAAAACUCCCUCCACUUCUGGAGGCUUAUUUGGAGGUAACACUUCGAACACAGGCUCUUCACUGUUUGGUGGAAACACUAAUCAGCAAAAGCCUUCCCUGUUUGGUUCUUCAACCAAUACCACAAGCUCGUUCGGAACGAAUAAUACCCAGAGCAAUUCUUUAUUCGGAGGCAAUACAAACAACAAUAAUAAUAACACGGGUUCUUCUCUCUUCGGUCCUAAGCCGGCUACUACAGGCUUAUUCGGGUCUACAACACAACAAACGCAGUCUUCAUUUGGUGGUGCUUCCAGUUUCGGAACAAACACGAACACAAGUGCUUUUGGUGGUGCUAAUAACAACAAUCAGCAAUCAUCUGUAUUUGGAAACACAUCUUUUGGCCAAAAUACCUCUCAGCCGGCUACUGGGGGUGGGCUUUUUGGUAAUGCAACUACCACUGCAUUUGGCCAGCCUGCUACGAAUACUGGAGGAGGUCUUUUUGGUUCUAAUAACAACAACACAUCAAGUUCGUCUCUAUUCGGAAAUAAACCCGCAGCCGCUGCGACAAACACAGGAUUCAGUUUUGGUAACAACAACGCAACAACGAGUUCAUUUGGAAAUACAGCUAAUACUGGAAGUCUAUUUGGUAAUAAUGCGGCUGCAAAGCCUGGAGGUUUAUUCGGCACCAACACAACUACAAAUACCACUGGAUCACUAUUUGGAAACACUGCUCAGCCCGCCCAAAGCGGUGGUCUGUUUGGAACUGCCCCAGCAGCUCAAACCGGUGGACUUUUUGGAAACAAUGCUGCACAGAACACAUCUGCUGUUGUGCAAAACCCUGCUACCGUUUCUGUUUCCGCUCCUGUUAUAGUUUUGGGAUCAGAUGUGAAUGAGACUCAGGUUAAAAUGGCCAUGAUCAAUGCUCAGUUAGCUGCUAGUCCCUAUGGAAACUCCCCAUUGUUGAAGUUAACUAAUGACGAUUCAGACGAUAAACCUAACCCUAUCAGUGUUUCUCGACAGAUGAGAUUUUUGGCUGCUAAGGCUAAUGGAGUAAACUCUCCUUUGAACACUAGUAAUGCCGCAGGCAACACCUCUAUCAACACCAGCGCUAACACUUCCACGUUGAAAACAUCUUUCCUUUCUGGGCAAGCACCAGUUGCUGGAUCUAAGCUUCGCCGUUCUAAUGUACCAAGCGGUCAAGACUUGAACUACAAAUCCAUUCGUAAACCACCAACUCUUGGUAAUGGUUUGAGAGACAAAGGCAGUGCCAAUGUUUCUUUGAACGAAUCUAGUUUGAACAUCUCUAGAAAUAAAAUUACCGACGUUGAUGCUGCCGUCGACAAAGCUUUGUCUAACAACGAAAACGUACCUGGAAGUCGCAAGAAGUCUAACAUUAAAUAUCUGGAUCUUAAUUCUAUUCGCAAAAGCGCUAUUUCUAACUCACCAAAAGGAAGAACUAACGAUCCUGAUGAGCUUCCUUGUUAUUCAGACAGUGUUGUAGAAGUCGCCAGUCCUUCGUCAAACCCACGAGAUGCAGCUCUCCAGCGGGAAGAAGCACUUCGUCGCGAGCCUCCCAAACUUGUCUUGGAUCAGUCAUCUCUCGAUGAAUCUGCUUUAAAUACUUCGCAGUCAUCUCAGAUGAACAACAGUGCUCUAAUUGAUAAGAACAGUAGUGUCAUUGUGUCUUCCCCAACUUCAGCCCCAGGUGGGGUUACGCUCUCUGGUCCCGACUACUAUUGUGAACCUACCAUUAAAGAAAUGACUAAUAUGGUUGUCAAUGGCAAAGUUAUCAUCCCCAACGGCUUGACUGUGGGAAGAGCAUCUUAUGGAAGUGUGUUCUGGCCAGGAAAGAUUGAACUUUCAAAUAUCGCUCUUGAUGAGGUUAUCGUGUUCCGCCACAAGGAAGUAACUGUGUACCCUGAUGAUUCAAAGAAACCUUCGCUUGGUGACGAGCUCAACAAAGAAGCAGAAGUCACUUUAGAGAGAGUAUGGCAUGUUGACAAGAACACCAAAGAAGAAAUAAGAGAUCCAUUGAUUCUUGCCGAUAUUGGAUGGAGAGAUCGUCUAGAACGGGUUACCGCUAAAAUGGGAGCUAUUUUCAAGGAUUAUAGACCAGCUAGUGGAAGCUGGGUGUUCAAGGUGGAACACUUCAGUAAAUAUGGCCUACCAGAUAACGAAGGUGGAGAUAUGGUUUGCGAUACUCCUCCUGUUCCUCCCAGAGAUUCUGUUUUAACUGAAAGAAAUGUGCAGUCUAAAGUUCAAAGAGCUAGUCUUCAGCUGGAGAAAGGAAAAAAUUUCAAUGAGUCUGUCCUUGAGCAUGAAGAUGAUGAAAACCAAUAUGUGGCAAAGAUUUCGAAAAAACCACAGAAGGUCUUGGGGCUUGGCGGAAACAACACAUUCAACCUUCCUUUUGAUGACGAAACUAUGGAUUACGGUGAAGAACAAGACAUUAUCGAGGAAGAGGCUCCACCUGAGAAAAAGCUGAAAACCGAAGAUGUUGAUAUGAUUUAUGAAGAAACCAAGAGACUCUUAGAAGUCUUGAGCCCUGUUCAUUAUCAUGCUCGUGUCGUUCCUAAAGCAAUUGCUCCCGUUCGAGGCUUUACUGGUGGUGUUUCAGCGAAAAAUUCCAUUAGAACUGAUGGAACUAGUAUUGACCUAGCUUCUGCUCACUCUAACGUCUCACGAGUUGGAUGGGGAACAGGUGGAACGUAUGUAGUGAGUCUCCAACCUCAUUGCAACAGUGUCUAUGUUAAAUCAUUGAACUGGGCCACAGAAGGCUGUCAGAACUAUAUUUCUGAUAUGCUUGAACACAACUCCCGACUCUCACAAUUUAUUAAAAGGAAUCGCUCGAUUUCUGCUAAAGUACGACACUUGGAGUUAGAUGGACAAGAAGUUUCCCCAAGAAUCAAACCCACUGCUGAUCAUGCUGAACUCAUCGACUCGUUCCUCGCUACAUCCAAGCAAAGCGGGUUCUCAGAAGAUACACGUGUAUGGAAGCUGUGUAAAGCCCUCUUUCCACAAAACCGCGGACUGAAAGAUGACAACGAUAAGAUUGAAGAUGUAUCCUUGUGGCUCACCGAAGAGAUAGCUAAAGAGAAAAGGAUGCCACCAAGUGUUGGAAGAGGUUCUUCUGUAUGGAACGCAUUGUGUGAUGGCCAACUUUCCAAAGCUAUUGACUCAGCAUUCAACGAGAAGCUUCACCACUUGGCGACCUAUCUCUCUCUUUUCCAAAUUGAUCCAGCUGCUACACAAAUGUACUUCGAGGAACAAAUUGAUUUCUGGAAGUCAACUAAUUCUUUGGCGUUUGUGGAUGUACCUGUUCUCAAAGUAUAUCUCUUACUUGCUGGAAGAUCAUCCAUAGACAGAAAGGUCAAAGGAAAGACCGAAGUUGUCAACUGCUUAGAAGGGCUAACUUGGAAACAGUCUGUUGGAGUUCAUGUUUGGUGGCUUAGAGGAGUUCGAACCUUUGAAGAAUCCAUGAGUCAUGCUCUGAAAAUCGUGCCCGCACCUAAUAGAGUGGACGAUAUUUUUUUCCAACAAAUUUUCGCUCUUGCCUGUGAUCCAACUUAUCGUGUUGAAGCUGUACUCGAUGCUGCCGAUAUGCUUUGUGACAGCCCCUUGGACUUCCAUCUUAGUUGGCACUUGUGGUCUGUUCUUCGAUCAGUGGGUUACAAUACUAUGCCAUCUGAAGCUGAGCAACGUUUACAUAUCUCAUACUCAGAACAAUUAAUCGCUUGUGGAUUGCACGAUUUAGCUCUUUUCGUACUUAGUCAUAUUAGUAACAACCAAUGUCGAGCAUCAUCCAUGAGAGAUUGUCUAGAAAGAAUCGCGCCUCAUUCGAGUUCGAAUCUCUAUGAUAAAAUAAAUCAUGAAUUCUACGUUCCAAAGCAGUGGAUUGCUGAAGCGAAACUUGUCGCAGCACUGGCUUCCAAAAAUAAUGAGAAAGCUUGCAUUUAUGCCAUUGAAGCCGGAGAUUUGCAAACAGCCCAUAGACUGUUUGUUGAAGAUGUCGCACCAAACUUUGUUGUGUUGGGAGAAACUAGUCGAUUGAUUGAAUUUGUUAAGAAAUUCGCUCCUUAUUCGGACGCCAUACAGUCCUGGGGACAGAACGGUCAAAUCUAUGCUGAUUAUGCCGAGUUCUCCACGAUGUGUAAAGUAGAUUGUGAUGAAACUGUCAUAUCUGAGUUAUUGACAACCUUGCAAUCUAGACUCAGAGCCCCUGUUUUUAAUACUCCGCUACAAAGGUUGGCGGCUCAGAACAUGUCUCUUGAAAUAGUGGAAGUGCUGAAACUUUUUGGAAGAGUGUCGUUCGAGUUUCCCCUGAAUCCAUCGCAAGUUGAUAAGGCAGUAACUCAGAGCGUAGAGUAA